AUGUUUUUCCGCCUGGUGUCCCUUCUAUUGACGUUAGCCGUAGCCGUUCUUUCGGCAUGGUCGCUAGUGGGCUCCUACAAGAACAAAAGUUAUCUUACAGACAAUUAUUUGAUUACCGUACAGCUUUCCAACGUCAAUGUCUCUGCGCUCAUCUCGGAAGCCAAUGCGAAGAGGGAUCUUGUAGAAGAUUUUGAUCUUUCGUCGAGACAGAUUCCCAAAGCGGACAGAAGCCUUCCCUUAGAUCAGAGAGACCUCGAGUCCGUCACUGCCGAAUUAGGCAAUCUUUUUGGAUCAGCAACUGCAGACGUGGCUUCCCUUGUGGCACAAGCUACUAACUCCGGAUCCGUGCCUACCAAUGUGGCUUCGCUCGUCAACCAGGCUACAAAAUCCGGAUCUAUACCUACCGGCGACAUUUUGUCCCAGAUACAGAGUAUAGUAUCGACUGCGUCGAUUCCAGACUCUGUGGCUACACUUGCAGCGGGUUUAGCAGGCGCAGACUCAAUCUCUGCGCUUGUGAAAAACUUGAAUGCACUGGACCUUGGUCUUGCCGACAUGUACUCCAUCGGAUAUUGGGGCUAUUGUCGCGGCACCAUUGAGGGCAAAAAUAAAUUUGUUGGUGACUUGGGAAAGGCAGGGAAGCCAUUCAGCAAUAAAAACGUUGACUACAAUUAUUGCUCACCACCUAAGGCUGGGUAUAAGUUUGAUCCGCUUGGAUUGUUGCGCCGUGAAAUUGUUAACCACAUCAAAGACGAGGCAGAUGGGGUUCUGUCUGCUCUAGCUCCGAUCACGGAUGCUUUGUCUGCUCAGCUUCUCGCAAUCGCCGGCUCCAUCACGUACGAGGAUUUAGGAUUUCCUGGUGACUUGAAGAAGAACCUUGAUUUGUUACACCGCGUCACAGUGGCAUCAUUUGCGUUGAUAUUGGUGGGGACCAUUUUAGCAGUCAUAUCCUUUGUUUUCCAGCUCACGGGGCUCUGUUGCUCUCCAAAGAAUAUGUGCCUCUCGGUCAUGAACUAUGCCUUCAUGAUCUUGAUGUUUAUAGUGGUCCUAGUGGGCUCAGCCUUGAGCACUGGCGGUUAUAUUUAUGCUCGGAAGGAAGUGAACGACAAUAUUGAUCAGUUCGGGGCCAAGUCUUUUCUUUCGGUGCAAUACUAUGCGCUCCUGUGGUCUGCCGUGGCGGCAGGCUUACUUUUGGUGAUUUUCAUGACCUUGGGGUACUGUUGUGGCUGUUUCCACUCGAGCCCACGCUAUAACCGUGUGAAUCCCGAACCUCAGAUGCUCUAUGAUCACAAGCCAUAUGGCCAGUAA